GAUUGGUUGUUGAGGAAGGUAGCGAGGUUCUGAUUGGGUGGAGGCGGCGGCGCUGCUCUCUGAUUGGUGAACGGGAGCAGCGGGGGGAAGUAAAAGUAUUCGCCUCUACUCGUCCACUGAUAGUCAAUCAGUGUUGAAGAUCUGGAUAUAAGAGGUGAUGGUGUUAUAAAAGGCGGGGGAGGAAGGCCACCGCGAUGUCCCUUUUUCGCAAGAGCCCAAAGAGCCCCCAGGAGGUGUCGAAAGCUCUCAAGGAUGCACUUACAGCUCUUGAACGACCUGACAAAAAGGCUGAAAAGGCACAAGAGGACACAAGCAAGAGCUUGACCCAGAUCAAGACUAUGCUCUAUGGCACCACAGACUCUGAGCCUCAGGACAUUGUCUUGGCACAGUUGGCCCAUGAGUUCUACAACACCAAUAUGCUACUACUCCUUAUUCUUAAUCUUCACAGAAUAGAUUUUGAGGGAAAGAAGGAUGUGGCUCAGAUCUUCAACAAUAUUCUUCGAAGGCAAAUAGGCAUCCGUUCCCCAACGGUUGAAUAUAUCUGUACUAAACCAGAGAUUCUUUUCACACUCAUGAAGGGAUAUGAACACCAGGAUAUCGCUCUUCAUUGUGGCACGAUGCUUCGAGAGUGUGCCAGAUACGAGGCCCUUACAAGAAUCAUCCUCAAUAGUGAUGACUUCUAUAACUUCUUUAAGUAUGUAGAAGUAUCUACCUUUGAUAUUGCAUCUGAUGCCUUUUCCACAUUUAAGGAACUUCUCACGAAACACAAGAUGCUGUGUGCAGAGUUCCUAGAACAAAACUAUGAUCGGGUGUUCUCGCAGUAUAAGAAUCUCCUCAACUCCGACAACUACGUGACUCGAAGACAGUCACUCAAGUUACUUGGGGAACUUUUAUUAGACAGACAUAACUUUUCUGUGAUGAAGCGGUACAUCAGUAAUCCAGACAACUUAAAACUGAUGAUGAUAAUGUUAAAGGAGAGAUCUCGUAAUAUCCAGUUUGAAGCCUUCCAUGUGUUUAAGGUGUUUGUUGCCAAUCCAGACAAACCCCGCCCCAUCCUGGAAAUCCUCUUGCGAAACCAGGAUAAGCUUGUAGAGUUCUUGACACGCUUCCAUACAGACCGCUCUGAAGAUGAACAGUUUAAUGAUGAGAAAGCUUAUCUAAUUAAACAGAUAAAGGAACUGAAAGCUCUUCCACCAGACCAGUAGUUUUAGUGUACUAUUAGUUAUGGAGUGGCAGCACUAGUAGUAGCCUGGAAUCUGUCUGGGUUGCUGUUGAUUGAACCAUGUCAUCCAGAGAGAAGCUUAUGAAAAGUGGAGCUUCCUUCAAAAUAUCACAAAUACCCAGGCCUGCCCUUGGAUCAGCAAAUGCAGCAUUGUUUAGCUUCCUUUAUAUUAUGCCUUAGUGAUCUUCAAGUUUUGCUAAGGGGAUACCUGAGGCAUUGCUCAUAGCAUGACCCUUGAUAGUUGCUGAAAAACUUCUUGUUGAGGACGGUCAAAGAUUGCAGUGAAGUCUUGGGCAGGUGUUCUCAGCAUGCUGUUGACCAUGUUGAGACCAGUGUGAAGCUGUUCAUGUUCAUCCAUGACCCUGCUGCAGAGGGCAUUCCAGAUCUUAUUUUAUAAGUUUCUUCAAUAUAAGAUAAUGUUCUGCAAGUAAUGAUGAAGAGACAGGGGUUUUCCCUUGGCUCUGGACAUAGAUGAUAUUUUCUAAUAUUCUCAUGGUUUGCUUGAAAUUUGUAAUGUGUUCAUCUUUUAUAGAUGAUAUUGAUUUAAUAUUAAAUUAUUAAACUAACACUAACAGCUAGCAGUUAGAAUUUCAUCAUUAUGAAUAUUUAUUCAUUGAGCUGCCACUGUAAAAUUCCUCCUGUGAUGAAUGUAUCCUUUUAUAAUAUUUGUACAUAAGUGUGAGUCAAAAAAAGGGAUGUGGUUUAUAUGGGACAGUGAUGGUUAACAUAGAGGUAAAGAUACCUACAUUAUUGUUUUGUCAUCUUUCGGUACUUAAGGUUAUUUAAAGUACAGUAAUCCUUCAAAAAGCAUCAGAACAAAAGCUGUAAUUUCUUUUGUGUAGAAAUUACCUUGAAACUGAUAAUGUUACUGAUUGUUCUAGGGCUUUUUACUUUAAUUUAUCAAAAUAUUAAUUUAGAUGAUGACAGGUAUUGAGUUGUUAGAUUGUAUUUGAAUUGAUAAGUUGGAGCUUCAAUAUUUAGCAGAGAGCUUUAGCUGGUGCAAAUUUUGUAUCAAUUAAUGUGGCCUGUGACGUAACUUGGCUAUAUAGAAAAGCUUAAUUAAACAGAAGUGGCCAAGAACAUGAUGUUUUAUGAGAAUUUGAGGACUAGAAUGCUGAAUAACUGUGCUUUUCAUGAUACCUUUUGAUAAAUACCUAAAUUGUUUGUGUCAUUGAGGAGAAAAAAAAUUGCAUCACUGGAGGUGUUAAUGAUUUUAUUGCUUGUUAUUGUAUUGCCUAAAUGAAGAUGAAUUACUGGAUGAAGAGUUGGGGUGGAAGAAGUUGGAAUGCUGCCACUAGUUUAGUAUAUGGCAAUGUGAUAAUUAUUUCCAAAGGAAAGUGUCUUUAGACAUUUGCAUCAGAAGCUUUCAAAUCCAGUCCAACACGAAAUUUGUAUAAUUUGUUUUGGAAAUAUAAACACAAAUGCAGUAUAAUGUGAUCCUUUAUUGACAACGUUUCACCCACAUAGUGGGCUUUUUCAAGUCACACACGGAUCUACCUGGGGUUGGAAGGUACGACAGUAUUUAUAGUCAGAAUGUUGAGGUCAGGUGGAGAAUGCUGCAUCUGAUGAUCUACCGGGUGGGGUUAUAGAGUCUUGGGUAGCUUGGCAGGGGUAUUGGACAAGUUGUAGACCUUCUGCAGUGUUCUAUGUUCUUAUGUUCUUCUUCAUUGCUAUCCCACAUAAGAACAUAGAACACUGCAGAAGGUCUACAACUUGUCCAAUACCCCUGCCAAGCUACCCAAGACUCUAUAACCCCACCCGGUAGAUCAUCAGAUGCAGCAUUCUCCACCUGACCUCAACAUUCUGACUAUAAAUACUCUCGUACCUUCCAACCCCAGGUAGAUCCGUGUGUGACUUGAAAAAGCCCACUAUGUGGGUGAAAUGUUGUCAAUAAAGGAUCACAUUAUACUGCAUUUGUUUAUAUUUCCAUUGUGUCGGUAUUUUAUACCAUUUAUUUCCAUAAUUUGUUUUAUUUCAAACUUGCUUUUUUUUUUUUUUUUCUUACAGGUGCAAACUAUAUUUGGUUUGGAUUAAGGAGGGUGCUUCAUCACAGUUUUUGGCAGUACAGUAAUGUAUUUGGCAAAUCUCGAGCAGAGGAAGCAUUUGGCACACUUAUAGUAAUGGCGUUGAAUAAUUUUACUAUUUUUAUGUAUCUGUUUUAAUUUAUAUGAUUUUCAGCAUCAAAGAAUAUUGGCUAGUGAAUCCAUGCCAAAAAUAUAUAAAUAAACAUCA